AUGGAACAUGCGUCUGAGGUCGGCGACUGUGGCGUGGCUGCAGCGCCUGCACAGGAGCGCGACGACGCAGCCGUGGCCCGGAUCGAGCAGCUGAUGCGCACGCGUGACGACACUACGAGAUUUGUCGGCCUGGCCCUGCUCAAGGCCGUGCUGGACGAGGGAGGAGAAGCGAGUGAAACGGAAGAGAUCGGGCCAGAGAAGCUGCAGCGGCUAUGGGAAGCGCUGCCGGCACGCUUUCUCGACCGGCUGCUGCGCGCAACGCAGGCGUCUCCGUCACGGCCAGACGCUGCUCACAUGCGCGAUCUCGCCGUCGCCGUGCUCCACGCCUUUGCUGUCCGGCUUUCGGACGACGCUGUUGACGAGGCCAAGAUGGUCGACCGCAUUCCCAUGGUCGUGUCAGCAAUGAGUGGUUUGGGAAGCAGGAACACCUCCAUCACCAUCUCCACCUCCACCCUCGCCCUACAAACACUCGCCACUCUCGUCAGCCGUCGUGUCGGUGCUGCCGUCUUUAAUAGCCGCGUCGACAAUCUUGACCCGCUCGUGCAAAUGGCCCCAUUACAGCCGCUGGUCCUUGAGAUCCUGCUGCACGCCUGGGUCUACGGCCUCUGGGACGAGACCACUGCCGCCUCCACCAUCACCACUAUCAGCGCCGUCCUGCCAGAACUCACUGCUGCCUUUCGCGACACCGAUGGCGUGACGCUGCUGGACUUUGUCGCCCGGCUACUGCGCAAUGCUAGUGCUCUGGCCGAAUCGAGGACUCCUUCCAUUUCCACUUUCACCUCCACCUUCACUUCCACCCUUCCCUCCCCUGAUUCCGCCUGGCUGCAUCCUGUCGUCUGCUUCAUCCGCCAGCUGGCCACCAACCGACCCACCGCUGUCGCCCGUGCUGCCUAUACCCAUGCUGCUGCCGCCAUCCUCUGUAGCUAUCCCGACGAGGCGGCGACACUGCUGUUUGCUCCCGACAUCGACAAGCCCGCGGACAGGCCGUUUUCCUACCUCUUCCUCAGCUUGCUGCUCGUCGACAUGCGCGCCAGCCUGCCCGGUCUUCUGGCCCUGCUCAACACGCCGGCCUACGGGCCUGCAGCCUCGCGUCUGGCCUCGGCCUAUGACGUGCUCUCGGCUUUUGUCGGCUAUCUGAUGAGAACUCUGGACGACGACAACGACAAAACCAGCACCUCCCUCCUACUCCCCCCCGACAGCCUCCUCCGCCUGCGCACCGCCAUCGCUGAGACCCUCUCGGUCACAGCCGAGCAUCUGCGCGACCGCUGGGACGCCGCCGUGGCUGGCGCGCCUGGCUUGCAUCCUGACGCCCGUUCCGGCUUCUCGGGCCUCGGCACUCCCGCGACUGCUGACUCAGCAGGCCCCCCUCUCGCCUGGGAUGCUGCCCAAGCCGACGUCGUGGUCAACCGGGACCCCUUUGUUCUGGCCGCCCUUCGUGCCCUGGCUCUGUGGCUGCGCGAGGACGACAGCGCCGACUUGCGCCGCGAGGCUGCCGGCCUGGCCGACAUGCUGCUGGACCUGUACCGAGGAAGUACCACUGGAUCGACCCUCGACUUCCGCCGACCCGUCCUCGUCGCCCUCGAGGGCAUCACCGCUGCUGCUGCUGCCGACGAUCUCGACCAGGACCCUGUCGGCCUGCUGCUCUCCCACGACGCCUGGGCCAUCCUCUCGGCCGACCUGCUCGCCGCCCUGCAGACAGCUGCUCUCCCAGAUGCUGCUCGCGGUAUCGAACUCGUCCGCAUCCUUCUCCCUAUUGUCGAGGCCGAAGAGCCAGGCUCAAGGGCUGACUGGAUGGACCUCGUCACACACGUCGCCGCCUGGUCUGGACCCGAAGACCAGCCGCCGUUGAAUGACCGUCGAGACGCUUCUGUCCGGGCAGAGUUCCACGUUGCCGUCCUCCAGCUCGUCACCUCCCUCGUCGCAAACGCACAUCCCGUCGUCUGUCGCCGCUAUACUCUCUCCAUAGCUGCCAUCGUCGGCCUCGCAACCCGCCUUCGUCCUACCCUCGUCCCCGCUCUCAUCGGCCCUGCAGGCCGAGACCUUCUCGACGCCCUCGACGAUGUCCUCGUCACGCUCCAAAACGUCCGCUCUUGA